CAACAGCGCCCUCUAUGGUCACGACAUAUGAUGGUCACAGAAUCUGGUGUAACGCCGGUUAAACCGGAAGUGUCUCUUUUUCCCCCCAACAUGGCGGUCAAUCUUACCGAGUUAUCGCUCCCUCAGCUGGAGGCAUUAACAUCUCAACUGGACCAGGAGACGGAGUUCCUCUCGUCCUCCAUCGCUCAGUUAAAGGUGGUCCAGACAAAAUAUGUGGAGGCGAAGGACAGUCUGAACAUCCUGAAGAAGAGCAACGAAGGAAAAGAGUUACUCGUCCCUCUGACCAGUUCUAUGUAUGUUCCUGGAACUCUGAAUGAUGUGGAGCAUGUGCUGAUCAACGUAGGAACCGGAUACUUUGUGGAGAAGAAUGUGAAGGACGGUAGAGACUUCUUUAAACGUAAAAUCGAGUUCCUGACGAAACAGAUCGAAAAAAUUCAGCCGACUUUACAGGAGAAACACGGCAUGCGGCAGGCUGUGGUUGAAGUCAUGAACAUGAAGUUACAGCAGCAACGCAGCCAACAAUCACAAUCGGGAACCACCAAGGCUUAGAACCACACACACACACACUCACACACACCCUAACCACCCCCUGCCCAACACAAAUA